GGCGAUCGAGGCGCGCUAUUCGUUUGGGUUGGAAUCUGUAAACCCACUCAGUUUCUCCUUCUGCAUCAACAUCAACCAGGAAUACUAGAACAAGGCUCUCCGCUUAUCACUCAGAUCUCUGCACCUCCCGCCAACAUUGAUCUCUCUCGCUCUCGCAACCUUCCCGGCCAGCGUCGUCUCCGCUUGAUCAGAGGUUUUCGGUGGUAAAUGACGAGUGCUAAUUUGCUGUCGUUUGUUUUCACUUUUAAGGGGAGACAUCAGGGUAAUUGGUGAUGAAGUUUUUACUGGACAAAUGAGCAUACGGCCACUAUGCCGUUAUGAUAAGUUUGAUCGUGCAUGGCAGCUUGCACUAUAGACACUCACAAUGCUAGGAUCACGUCAAAGGCCAUACUUAAAGCCAUAUGUAUACAUUAUUAUUUUGGUUUCGGUGGUCAGCAUAUUUCUAUUUGGCACCUACGUUUUUCCACCAAGAAGCUCUUUCAUUUGUUAUAUCUUUAGUGGGUGUAUCAAUGGUGAAUUUAAUCAGCGCCGGCCCACUGCUUCCCGGGAAUUAACAGAUGCAGAGAUUGCAUCUCGGGUUGUAAUUAGGGAAAUUUUGAAGAGACCUCUAGCUCAAUCCAAGAAUCCGAAAAUUGCCUUUAUGUUUUUGACUCCAGGUCCACUACCCUUUGAGAAGCUCUGGCAUAAAUUUUUUGAUGGUCAUGACGGCAGAUUUUCUAUAUAUGUGCAUGCGUCUAGAGAAAAAGUAUCACAUUCAAGCCCCCAUUUUGUAGGUCGUGACAUUCGCAGUGAAAAGGUAGCCUGGGGAGAAAUGUCUAUGGUUGAUGCAGAGAAGAGACUUUUGGCAAAUGCACUUAUAGACCCUGAUAAUCAGCACUUUGCUUUGUUAUCUGAAAGUUGUGUACCUCUUCACGAAUUCGAGUAUGUUUAUAACUAUUUGAUAUUUACAAAUGUCAGCUAUAUUGAUUGUUUUGAUGAUCCUGGUCCCCAUGGAAGUGGUAGGUAUUCAGAGCGCAUGUUACCUGAAAUUGAAAAGAAAGACUUUCGUAAAGGUUCUCAGUGGUUUUCCAUGAAGCGACACCAUGCUAUUAUUGUGAUGGCUGACAGUCUUUACUAUACAAAAUUCAAGCUUUACUGUAAGCGAACUAAGGAUGGCCCGAACUGCUAUGCCGACGAACACUAUUUUCCAACCUUUUUCAAUAUGAUCGACCCUGGUGGAAUUGCAAAUUGGUCCGUAACACAUGUAGAUUGGACUGAGGGAAAGUGGCAUCCAAAAUCAUAUAGGAAUCAAGAUGUCACCUAUGAGCUUCUGAAGAAUAUUGCUUCGUUAGAUAAGGCCGCUCAAAUUACGAGUACUGCACCGAAGAGGGUGAUGUUCAAAACCUGCUUGUGGAAUGGAGUGAAAAGACCAUGCCAUCUAUUUGCUAGAAAAUUUUAUCCAGAAACUCUGGGAAAAUUGUCCCACCUUUUCUCUAACUACACGGUGGUUGUUUAGGCCAUCUCGUUGCCCUCCUCGAUCGAGACGUCAUUUAAGAGGUUAGAACAAUGUGGUUGAUAGUUUUAUACCGUUGGUUUGAUUAUACGAUAGGAUAACUAAAAAUUGUAUUUUGACCACGCAUCCAAUCCAAUGGUUUUAAAAGGAACAACCACAUCACACAAUGAAUCAUGCCCCUAUUUCUCACCGAUGAGCCUUCUUUCCAGAGCUAUAGCUGAUUCCUUUUAUGUAGAGUCGUAGAAAGUGAACCUGAAGCUGCCAUGGUUGGCUGCCUUUCUUUGGCUUGUGGCUUGUCUUCUCAGCCUUAGUUUUAUAAAAAGGUUCAAUUAAAUAAAGACAUUGAGCUCAUAGAUGACACACACCUGAUAAGCAAGAACUGAACGUCUCGUUAGAUAAAGUAGAUGUCUUUUUGCUUCUUAUUUCCUUAUUUUUGUGUUGUCAUGUUGAUGGUGUUACUGUUAUUACCUUUUCUUUUGUUUUCUGUUUUCAUUUAGAUGUCAUUUUAAAAGAUAGCUUCAGCUUCAUUGAUUACCGAACCGAACGAGAUAAUCGAACUUGUUUGAGCUUUGCAGAUAUUUGUAACUUUGAAAAACAGAGACUUGCUUAGUCAAGUCUUCUUUAUAUGUGAAUUCGUAGAGUAAGCAGAGACCCAACUAUACGAUCGGAGUUUAAACAUGUAAACCAUGGGUCCCCUGAAUAUCCAUCAUCAGCCAACCCCCUUUCCCGACUUUUGUUCUACCAAGCAGUUAAUUUUUAAUCCAAAGUGACAUAUUUAUGAUCAUAUGUUUGUUUUGGUACGAGUACUUGAACUCGAGUUAAUUGUUUUAUUUGUUUUCGUUUUUUUGUAUGAUUGAGGUUCACAACAUUGUCCUGAAGAGAAAGUCAACACUUUAGGUGGUAAACACAAGUCAUUUCGGAUUGAAUAUAGUCGACCAAUCAAAUUUUAAGCGUUUAUAUUUUUGUAAGUUAUUCAAUGCUAUUCAAUACAUUCUCCCCCUUACAUUAUGAGAAUCAAAAUUCACUUGUGUCA